GCCGGAUAGAAUAGUGUUCCUCAUCUACAGGAAAAUGGACACCGAUCCCCAGUAGUAUGUAGUAUGUUGGUAGCUGCUAGAUCCCCUUCAGUUAGUGUACCCACCGCUUGACCGCAAUCAAACUCCUGCUGCGGCGCGGUGAACCGCUGCGGGAUGCACUGAGUAUGUACAAAAGUUGAAAUAAUUUCAGAGCCAGUCUCCCACUGUCGCUCUAUUCUAAUCCGUUGAUGAUAUAUAAACUUUGUUAGGAUGCUCUGCAGUGUCUGUCACUGGCCAUUUCUCAGGGUUGGAGUGGAUGACCUUUAUACUUCAUCAUUGGUGUACAUAUAAGUUUGGCCAAAGACAUGGAAUGUGCUACUAAUGCAUCAGUACCUGAACUAUUAACGCCAAAUAUCCAAGAAAUGCAAGAUACGGAUCCAUCAAAGCCGUGUGAAACGCAGGCUACCUCUAAGGAUGGACAUGCUGAAAAUUAUCGAAUUGAAAGCUUUCUUUCCUUAGACAUGUUGCAGAAAGCAAUACGUGAAUUUCAGGAAAAUACACAAAAUAAGUACAUUAUUCGACAAAAGAGUAAAGAUUUUGGCAAUGAGGCAAUGAAACCAAAGUCAAAUUUCAGAAUUCACUGGUCAAGUCGUGAUGGGCAACACGGUAAACUAAUCAAAUUCUCUGGAGUUCCCUACGUGGUUGUUGGGAGAAAAUCACUGCAGUGUCAUUUGGGAAAAGACUUCGGCCUUGCGACGAAAAAGAAGUAUGCUGCGCAAAGAGAAGAAACGCAGGCAGAAGAUCAUUCCGUCAUAAAAAGGAGACUCCUCAAACGGCGUUCCAAGAAAAUGGGCUGCCCAGCGGAAAUCUACAUAUUGCACAUUAUAAGUUACCCAGAGUUUAAGCUAAAAUCUGAUACAGAAAAACGAAAACGGAAUACAGCCAAGAGAAUCAGAGCGGCCCUUCAGCGUGAUGCAGAAAAGAUUGAAGGAAUUCAUACCUACGUAGCUAGUUUUCCAAAAAAUUCUGAUCACAAAUUCCAUGAAAAUGCAGGAUGGCUAGAAUCUUAUGCCCUGAAACGAAGACGGUACACAUCCAAGAAAAUCCAAGAGGCCAUUAAACGUGAAGUAGAAGAGAUUAAAAGAAUUCAUAACUAUGUAGCUAAUUUGCCAGAACAUUAUGAUCACAAAUUCCAUGAAGCUACAGAACGGGCUGAUUAUAAAGAUGUACAUUCUGAAAAUGAUCAAAGUGAAAGCAUUCUUUCCGUAGACAUGUUGCAGAAAGUAAUGCGUGAAUUUCAGGAAAAUACACAAACAAGCUACAUUAAUCAACAGAAGAGUCAAGAUUUUGGCAGCGAGGACGUGGACUGUGCUACUAAUGCAUCAGUACCUGAACUAUUAACGCCAAACACCCAAAAAAUGGAAGAUACAGAUCCAUCACAGCCGUGUGAAACGCAGUGUGUUCCCAUAGCAACCGGGGCCGGACGGGGUGACGUCACUUCCGACGCGACGGGAGACCCGCGACCGGAAGUGCGGCCUGGAGCAUGGGACACACACGGAGGUUGCACUGGAGGGUCACAGGCUACUUAUAAAGCUGGACAUGCUGAAAAUGAUCAAAGUGAAAGCUUUCUUUCCGUAGACAUGUUGCAGAAAGCAAUAUGGGAAUUUCAGGAAAAUACACAAACCAAGUACAUUGUUCGACAAAAGAGUAAAGCUUUUGGCAAUGAGGCAAUAAAACCAAAGUUGAAAUCCAGAAUUCACUGGUCAAGUCGUGAUGGGCAGCAUGGUAAACUAAUCAAAUUCUCUGGAGUUCCUUACGUUCUUGUUGGGAGAAAAUCACUGCAGUGUCAUUUGGGAACAGACUUCGGCCUUGCGAAGAAAAAGAAAUAUGCUGCGCAAAGAGAAAUGCAGGCAGAAGCUCAUUCCUUCAUAAAAAGGAGAAUCCGUAAACGGCGUUCCAAGAAAAUAGGCUGCCCAGCGGAAAUGUACAUAUUGCACAUUAUAAAUUUCCCAGAGUUUAAGAUAAAAUUUAAUACUGAAAAACGAAGACGGAAUGCAGCCAAGAAAAUCAGAGAGGCCCUUCAGCGUGAUGCAGAAAAGAUUGAAGGAAUUCAUACCUACGUAGCUAGUUUUCCAAAAAUGUCUGAUCACAAAUUCCAUGAAACUGCAGAACGGGUACCUCUAAGCCAAGUUUGCCCCCAAGACGAGGAUUCCACCACCUGUGAAGAAGAGCAAGACUGCCCAAGUUGAUGCAGGUGUUAUACCAUUGGGCAUAUAUAUGACAACAUGGAUAGUGAAGUCCUACAGAUAGUCUACCUAUUCCCAGACGCCCAGACACCGGUGCUUGCCGGAUAACACAACGCACAGCUGCUACCUGUUCCUAGAUGCCAAGACCACCUGUACCUGCCACAUAAACCAUACUGCUCAUCUGAUACCUGUUCUUAGAUCACCUGUACCUGCCGGAUAACACCAUACCGCUAAUCUGCUACCUGUUCUUAGAUCACCUGUACCUGCCGGAUAACACCAUACCGCUCAUCUGCUACCUGUUCCUAGACGCCCAGACCACCCGUACCUGCCAGACAACACCAUACCGCACAGCUGCUGUCUGUUCCUAGAUGCCCAGACACCGGUGCUUGCCAGAUAACACCAUACCGCACAGCUGCUAUCUGUUCCUAGAUGCCCAGACACCGGUGCUUGCCAGAUAACACCAUAACGCACAGCUGCUACCUGUUCCUAGAUGCCCAGACCACCUGUACCUUCCGGAUAAAACCAUACCGCUCAUCUUCUACCGGUUCCUAGAUGCACAGACCACCUGUACCUCCCGGAUAAAACCAUACCGCUCAUAUGCUACCUGUUCCUAGACGCCCAGACCACCUGUACCUGCCGGAUAACCCCAUACCACACAUCUGCUACCUGUUCCUAGAUGCCCAGACCACCUGUACCUCCCGGAUAAAACCAUACCGCUCAUAUGCUACCUGUUCCUAGACGCCCAGACCACCUGUACCUGCCGGAUAACCCCAUACCACACAGCUGCUAUGUGAGAGAACAGCGAGACAUUGCAUCAUGUUCAGAACAGUGAGAGCACGGACAGAAACCUGGGACGGGGCUGGGAGCAAGUAGCGGCCAGAACACCAACUUCUGCUUCAAUCCGAUCAGAUCAGAGAGUGAGCACUAUUGGUUAAUGACCCAUUACAGUCGCCUCACACUGGAAGGAAAGCAGUGAGGUGGAUGACUUUGUUUAGCAAACAGCUCAGUUUUUAGUAAAGAGAUUUUUUUUUUGUAGGGACGUGACUGCAAAGUGAUCUCACCAGGAGUUACGUGAAGUCCCCAAGACUAUAGCAGACGAAAAAAACGUCAAAUGGCAGCUGAUGCUACACAAACGGACAGAAAAAUGAAUAUCUCGAGUGAUCGCCAUGUUGUGAUAUAAUCUUUGUGUGUACAUAAAAACCUAAAUCUCUAUUUUAAAAAAAAAAAGACAAAAA